AGCCAUUUUGUGCAACGAGAUCAGUGAGAUCUUCUUUAUCUCAGCUAUGCCCCGUGCUUUGCUUCUUUUUGGUUUACUUUGUGUGCAGCAUGGCGAGUCUCUUUGCCUACCAGAUGCCGUGGUUCCGCUGAGUCGCAAGAAUCUGGUGAACAAUGGCGAGAGCUACCCGGUGGGCCUGUGGCCGGGAAGCUGGUCAGCGGCCACUUUGGUCACCAAGCUGGCGAAGAUUCUGAUAGAGGAGAAGCUGGGUUUCAACGUUGCCGAGAACGGCCCAGGCGUGGACACGCUAUCAGGAUUUUACGCGCUGAUGGGCUGUGCAACUCCGAAUUCCUUGGCCGAUCGCGGCUGCAGUAAGGACGCUGUUACCCACAACCAUGCUAACCUGGAGGGAUGGACUUACAGCUAUGCCAACACCUGGGAUUACUUGCAGGCGGCAUAUCCAUCCAUAGCUCCUGUCAAUUUGGGGAACAGUGGGUACUAUGGCAGUGUGACGAUGUAUGUCGCAUCUACCAUAUCAAGCAACUCGUAUGCCAAUGAAGGUCUGGCGCUGUCAUACUACCGCAAUUACAAUGUCAGCUGGCAUACACCGUGGACCUACUUUACCGGCCUGGAGGCUGUAGACAGGAAGCAUUUGGCGCCGUGCAAUCAAACUCGAUUCUACUCCAGCAGUGAAGACAUGAAGCUCUAUCGUGAGCUCACGAACGAUGCAGACGGCGUCGCCCAGCUGCCGGAUGGCACAUGGCAUGCCGUGUGCCCCGAUGGAUUCUUUUGGUUGCCACCUGGCUGCCGCUCAAACACAUCUCACUGCAUUCCAUUCUUCACCGGGGGCACUGGCUGGAAUAUCGAGGAGUGGAUGCAGAAGUCCACCAUUUGGAACAUGCCCAUUGCGGUGGCAGUGGCGGUAAAUUGGACCAUGUUCACACAAUUGCCACUGAUGCACGAGAGCAGUUUCUACUGGUGGACCCCGGAUCCUACUUUCUUGGAGUUGCGUCCGCAAGCGAUUGUGUACCCGUUUAAUGACGAGGCGGCUUGGUCUCUGGGGGAUAAAAGGACGGAAAACUAUCUACAAUCCAUUGACAAGUACGUGAGCAAAGAUCUGACACUGCUGGCACCAAAUGUCCAGGAGCUGAUUGCGAAUUUCCGUAUUGAUUUGAAAGCUCUCAACUUCAUGCUGCUGGAGAACAAGGUAACUGGAGAAACAAUGGAAGAUACGGCUUGCAAAUGGCUGAAGGACCAUCCAGGUUCCUGGGAAGCAUGGCUGCCGGAUGACACCAAGUGCUUCCCUGGUUUUGGCCUCUACAGCACCGAGACGAACACAUUCGUGCCAAACAGACAGAAUUUCAGCAGUGUGGUAUGCAUCGCAUGCGAGUCGGGAAGAUUUUCCAAGCAGUUCAAUGACGACAAGGGCGUCACGUUCACCUGCGAGUUCUGCCCAACUGGAACAAGUCAGCCAUCAGGAGCAUCGUUGUCCUGUGAGCCUUGCUCAGCAGGCGAGUACCAGGACGAAGAGGGCAGUCCAUCUUGCAAGCGCUGUCAGAUCGGCGAUUACCAAAAUGAACGGGGUUCUUCCACGUGCGAAAGCUGCCCAUCAGGGUCUCGGACUUUGGGCUUGGGAUCCGUGGCGAUCUCUGACUGUGGAUGCCAGGAAGGUGACAUUGAUGUCGGCGAAGGCAAUCUCAGCUGCGUCACCUGUUCGUCGGGACUCGCCUGCCCGCCGAUGUCAAGCGUGCAGAGUUUGAAGAGUGGCGCAGCGGGUUUGGGUGAUGCCUAUGUGCCGGAACUGAAGCAGGGCUUUUUCAGCACGGUCAGUCAGCCCUUGGAAGUUUACAAGUGCGGCAAGGCGAUUCAAUGCCCCGGCGGGCCUCCAGGCUCCUGCGCAGGAGGGCUUUCUGGAAUUCCGUGUGCAGAAUGCCCCGAAGGCAUGACUUGGAGUGGUGGCGAGUGCAAGCAAUGCCAAGACUUCCAGAGGGCGAUGUGGGUGCUCUCUCUAUUUGCGGUCUUUGGAUUCCUGACCAUGGCUUAUUACCUGUUGACUUCGAAGGUGUCUGGAAAGGCUACGAUCUUGUUCACCACGUCGCUCGCGAUGGGCAUGGCCGUGACAACCUUGCAGUCUGUGGGCAUCAUUUCCAUGAUGACGGUGAAGUGGCCCGUUGACUUGAAAGGGAUCUUUGGCUGGUUGCAGAUAUUCAUCUUGGACAUCGACAGCUUCGGCUUCACUUGCCUCGCCGGUUCCACCACAUCUUUGCGUUACAUAGGCAGUGUCGUCUUCUUUCCUGUUGCGUUGAUUUGGAUCCUGGCUUCGUACUUCUUGAGCCAGCUCCUGCCAACUAGUCGCCGUUGGGAGUGGGCCAAAACACUUUCCCUGAUGGGCCAGUUCAUGCAGGUCGGCUUCAGCACUAUGAGCACAAUCGCUUUGGCGCCGCUGAUGUGUUACACACAUCCCAAUGGGCAGCAAAGCAUUCUGAAAUACCCCAACGUGAUUUGCGGGGAUCCGGCGCACACCGCCAUGCUGGUGGCUGGAUCGCUUCUCUUGUCCGUCGGGUCAUGUGGCUUCGUGGCGCUAUGCACAUAUGCAGCCGUGAAGGUGCCAGUGUGGAGUUCCAGGGAAGAGCACAAGCGGGUGCAAAGCGCCCGGUUCCUGCUAUUCCGCUUCCGCUUGGACAUUUGGUGGUAUGGAGUACCCCUUCUGAUCCGAGGUCCCUUGCUCUCUUUGCCCAUCGUGCUGGCCACAGACGCGCCGCCAGUGCAAGUGAUAUGCGUCGCCGUGGUUCUCAUGAUGUUUCUUUGCCUUCAAGCAGUCAUGUGGCCCUGGAAAGUGCCACUGAUCAACCUGCUCGACUGCUGGUUGGGCUUUUGUAUCAUUCUGCUUGUGAUUUCAUCCUCUCUUCACUUGGAUCACAGCCCGGAGCAGUUCCAAGACUUCGCACAACUCUUCUCCACAGUUGUGAUGAGCCUCAUUGGUGGAGCUUUGUUCCUGAUGGCGUUCAUGACGCUGACAGCGUUGGCUCUGCGUUCGGUCGCUUUGGGUGGCAACCAGGACCUGGCUAUCUUCAAUCUGGGCAGAUCUCCACCGACUGCUCUUGUGGUACAAAAACUGCAGGAGACCGCCGAAGAGUUGAUCAGUAUUCCACGGGAGAAUCUCGCCAAGGCAUUGGAUGGGCUCGGCGUGCUUGACAGUCGCAAGAUCACCGACUGCCUGACUCUGCUGUCCACCGAGUUUACUUCCAACCCCGCAAAGUUCCGCCCACGGAUAACCUCCUCCUCUUUCACUGGCAUCAGCAACAAGUUCCACAAAGUGGAAAAGGCCGCGCCAAAGGCUGCGCCAGACGAAGCCCUGAGCAAUGCGAUUCAGCCAAUGUCAAACGACCCAGCGCAGCUGGAAGCUGUUGGGGUUGGGGCUGUUGGGGCCCAGAUGUUGACAACUUGGCUGUAAAGAUUGGUGAUUGGCUGGGAACUUUACACAUUGGCGCUCGUGGCUGCAAAGGUCUUGUUAGCCA